GGAGGAGCGCCGUGAGAUGGAGUGAGAAAGCGUGAAGGAGGGAUGAUGGAGAGAGGGGUUUCUGCCAAAAGCAGCCAUUGAGAGAAGAGGAGAGGGAGGGAGAGGAGGAUGAGAAGAGGAAACAGGGCGAGGGGAGAGUGUGUGUGCGUACUAGGCGUCUAACACGUGACAACAAAAUAGAAACAGACUUGAGCACACAGACGCGCUUGUUUCCACGACGACAACUGCAAACAUGGGGGCUGUGGUGGGUUCGCUGACCAUGCAGACCAAGACGAGGAGGUUGUCCAGGGACAAAGCCGAUGAUGACUUGGAGAUUACGAUGGUGUGCCAUCGACCGGAGGGCCUCGACCAGCUAGAAGCUCUAACCAACUUCAGCAAAAAGGAGCUCCAAGUGCUGUACCGGGGCUUUAAGAACGAGUGUCCAAGUGGCGUUGUGAACGAGGAAACUUUCAAGCAAAUAUACGCCCAGUUCUUCCCUCAUGGAGAUGCCAGCACCUAUGCACACUACCUUUUCAACGCCUUUGACACAGCACAUAGUGGCUCCAUAAAGUUUGAGGAUUUUGUUACAGCUCUGUCCAUCCUACUGAGGGGCUCCAUCACUGAGAAGCUACAGUGGACCUUCAACCUUUACGACAUCAACAGAGAUGGAUACAUCAACAAAGAGGAGAUGACGGACAUAGUCAGAGCGAUAUACGACAUGAUGGGGAAGUACACUUACCCUGUCUUGAAAAACGAUGCUCCCAAACAGCAUGUGGAGGCCUUCUUUCAGAAAAUGGACAAAAACAGAGAUGGUGUGGUCACUCUGGAUGAAUUCAUCUACUCUUGUCAAGAGGAUGAAAACAUCAUGAGAUCUCUACAGCUCUUUGAAAAUGUCAUUUAGACAACAAAGAAGAGGGAUGCGGUACAAAAGACAAGUGCAAGAUAAGAACAAAGAAGAAAAGAGAUGAACACACAAGAGAAAAGGAACAGCAUAGCUUGCGUUGGAAACAAAUCAUGGAUCUUGUCGCUUAAAGAGGGAUGGUUGCCAGAAAACUUCAUGGAAACCAUCUUGCUGAAACAUCCAUGGAGACAAACGUUUUGGAAAAGAUUCUUUGGACUUAUACCUUUCAUUUAACCUCUGUAACCAUUUACCUCUUCUCCAUCUCCCUCAUCUUUGCAGUCGUCACUGACAGUGUGUAUUUCAUGUCAUUUUGUAAAUUCUGAUUCUGUCUCAUUUGGUCAAAUACUUUUAAUACACUUGUAAAUUGAACCAUAUUAACAAGCAGGACUGGAAUUCCUAAAAGCAGCUGAGAACAAUCCAAUGCAUACUUUAUGCAUUAGACUUUAAAAUAAUAGCUGUUUUCAUCGUGAAUUUCUGUGUCGUCACAACAAAGCUGAGCAUUAUUGUGAAGCAUGCAAGAGAGAGGCCUACGCCGUAUUUAACAUGGGCUUUGUGCCGUGAUAAAUAACUCCAAAAUAUUAUCAACUAAGUGUAUACAUUUUGGAAGCAAUGGUCUGACAGAGCCACCUCAUUUGUUUUCAGACUAAAUUCAGACACAGGCCUGUAAAGGUUUGCAGAGCUGAAUUUAACCUCAGCCAGCGUGCAGUCUUACGUCUCGUGACAGCUUGCUACAGUCCUCUUUACACCCACUGUGUUCAUGUGGUGUCGGUCAGUGUUUCAAUGUUAGAACGACUACACUGUAAAUAUUUAACUGUUGUAUUUGUGGCUUGUUCUCGCCUUGUCUUUGUCUGCGUGUUUCUUAUUCUGACUAUCUGUCUGUCUCUCUGUCAAAUGGAUUUAAUGUAAUAAUUCUACCUGACACUCAUUGCUUAAUAAAGGAUACAUUUAGAGGUUAACUGGCACACAGAUGCAGAGUGACGUGUGUGUGUGUGUGUGUGUGUGUG